AUGGCGUGUGGCCGCUCGCUGGAGGCCGGAGACCCCGGGGGCCGCGCCCUAGCCUUCCUGCCGGCCCGCGGGGGCCGAGGGGAGGAGGGGGCGGCCGCCAGGUGGACCCCGUGGGGAGCUUGGACCUGGCCCCUCCCCAUUUCUGCUCCGGGAGCCCAGGUUGGGUAUGGACCACGGGGACAUUCUUUACCCAGCCCCCGUGGCGACCGCGAAAGGACUGUCACCCUACUGGAGAACCCGGACGCCUGGGUUCCCAGCAGUCAAGGUCAAAUGAGGCGGCCAGAGCCACCUGUCACAAUUCUCUCCAACCACCAUACACCGGGAGGACUGGUGGGACUCGGGGUUAGGGACCUGGUGCUGCUGGAAGGGUGGGAGAGUGGUGGGAGGGUCACCGUCUAG